UCCUUUUUCCAAUCCUCUACUUCUGUAUAGUCUGUCCUUAUUUCUUGACCGCCACUGGACAAUAUGUCGGUUACUAUUCAUCCUUCUGAACAGUUGAAGUUUUACCGCCCACUCACACGCACUGUUAAAGAGUCGCUUUACGUCACAAACACCAAUUCGGUGCCCAUUGUUUUUAAGGUUAAGACAACAGCGCCCAAACAAUACUGUGUAAGACCGAACGCUGGACGUGUGGAAGCCAAUUCAGAAAUUGAAGUUCAAAUUAUCUUGCAACCUUUCAAAGAAGAACCACCAGAAGACUACAAAUGCAAAGACAAAUUUUUGGUUCAGACCGCUCCAAUUCCUAAAGCUGCUGCACUGGAAGAUAUCACAUCGAUGUGGAGUCAUAUUGAAACAGUAGAAAAGGCGACUAUGCAUCAACAUAAGAUAAAAUGUGUCUUCAUCAAUCCGGAAGAAGAUUUCCAUCAUGCAGACAACAGCGUACGGGACCUCAAUCAGGCCCCACCACUUACCAAUAAUGUCAAUUCUACGGAUGCAGCUGUUGCCCACCCCAGCAACACUGCCAUGAUGAGUAGUACAGAGCAACAACCAAUGCAUACCCGACAACAAAUACCUGCUACCGAUACUACAACUGCUCCUCAUCAUGAAAGCCAGUUCCCAGUUAAAGCACAGGAAACAGAGCCCGUGGCCGCUGGUAUUGCAGCUGCUGUGGCUGCACCCGCUGCUUCAGCUGGAGCAAACACCUAUAUAGACGAGCAUGCUGCACAUAAUAGCAACAGCGACCUUAGUAAAUCAAUGGAGUCUGCAGGAUCUAUGAGUUCGGCUGCUGAGAUUUCACAAUUACCGGCUACUGCAAAUUCUACGACGACUGCCGCUAAUAACAACAACAUAACCCAUACCAGUACGAGGGACAUGAGUGAAAACAACGAUAGACGUAUGUUUGAUUCGACAUCAGGUUUUAUUCCUUUGACUGCUACCACAAAUGCUGCUCCCUUGGCAGCGGUUGGUUCAACGAGUAAUCCUUUUACAUCGGCAGUCCCUUCUGCAGAUAUAAUUACCAAGUCGGAAGAUGGACCUCACAAUACAAUGGCAGUGGUGAAGGAUGGUAGUAAUAACAGUGCUGAUAAAGAAAAAGAGUUGAAGAAAGCAUACAGUAGAAUUGCUGAGCUUGAGCGACAAUUAGAUGAGCUGAGAUCAACUGCCAAUGCCGGUAGUGGCCUUCGUGCACGUGGAAAUGGACAACAAGAACAUGACAUUGGCGGGAAAAAGUUAGCUUCUACUGUUCAACCUUUGGAUGCGGUUCAUCAACAUCUGGCAGAUUUGGAAAAGCCACACCCAACAGAAGGCUAUCCUCCACAGGUUGUUCUUAGUGUUGCUGCACUCGUCUUUAUUUUCACCUAUCUAUUUUUCUAAACACUAACUGACUAGGUCAUCCAUUCCUGGAAAAUAAAAUAAAAUAAGGAUAUAUCCUUUUAUUUCAUUGA